CCCAGCUCCAAGAUGGCAGCCGCUCGACGAGGAUGAGCGACGACACACUGGAGUUCUGUCAUGAAACAGCAUCUGACAAUGCAGCUGUUACUGCCCUUGUGUUGACAUGGUGCUCAUUUAAUACCUAGCUACUUGUUUUGUCACCUACCAAGACCGUUGAAGGAUCACUAAAGAACAUGCUUUUCUGUUGGCUAAGCUAGCAAGCUGCGAGCAGUUUUACCACCAUGGCCAUCACUCAGUUUCGUCUAUUUAAAAUCUGCACAUGCCUAGCCAGUUUGCUCUCUUUCUUCAAGAGAUUACUGUGCAGAUCUGGAAGGGGGCGAAAGCUCAGCGGUGAUCAAAUAAGUCUCCCAACAACAGUGGAUUUUUCAUUAACCGUACCAAAGCAGUCUCCACAGCCUGAGGUUGAAGAAUGGAGCUCAUGGGACGAAGACGCACCAACGAGUAUUAAGAUUGAAGGUGGUAAUGGAAACAUCUCUCCUCCACCCAACGAAGUAGAUGAGGAACCCGACUACUUCAAAGACAUGGCGCCAACCAUCAGGAAAACACAGAAGAUAGUGUUAAAGAAAAGGGAGCCUUUAAACUACCUGGUGCCUGACGGCUCAGCAGGUUUCUCCAGCAGACUGGCAGCCUCUCAGGAUAUGAUGACCUUUGGUACACCCUCAGCGGAACUUGGUGAAAUGGACAACUGGCAAGAAAACACCAAUGCAUGGGAGGAUGAGUCUGAUGCCACCUGGGAAGCAGAAGAAGUGCUCAGACAACAAAAGAUGGCAGAGAGAGAAAAGCGUUCCAUGGAGCAGCAGAGAAAGAAAAUGGAGAAGGAUGCUCAGAGGAUGAUUAAGAAAGAGCAGAAGAUGGCUGUCAAGCUUUCAUAACAUUUUAGAAAUGCUCAGUGAGUGAGCCAUGGGGAUAUGAGGGAAAGACACUGAAUCAGCCAUGAGUUUAUUUUUAGGUCAUCAAACCAACCAGGAUUGUAAGCAACAAGCCACCCUCAUCUUCAUCCACAUCCUGUUUUCCACCAGCAGCCAUUUAAAUCUUCUCUUGGAGCAACCCUGAAUCCUUCUUGCUGGCCACAUUCAACAUCAACAACUCAUUUUGAUGGUAGAUUUGUGUUUCUUUGCCAGUCUAUCUUACAAACCCUGUUUCCAUAUGAGUUGGGAAAUUGUGUUGGAUGUAAAUAUAAACGGAAUACAAUGAUUUGCAAAUCAUUUCCCACCCAUAUUCAAUUGAAUGUACUACAAAGACAAGAUAUUUGAUGUUCAAACUCAUAAACUUUAUUUUUUUUUGCUAAUAAUAAUUAACUUAGAAUUUCAUGGCUGCAACACAUGCCAAAGUAGUUGGGAAAGGGGAUGUUCACCACUGUGUUACUUGGCCUUUCCUUUUAACAACACUCAGUAAACGUUUGGGAACUGAGGAGACACAUUUUUGAAGCUUCUCAGGUGGAAUUCUUUCCCAUUCUUGUUUGAUGUACAGCUUAAGUUGUUCAACAGUCCGGGGGUCUCCGUUGUGGUAUUUUUGGCUUCAUAAUGCGCCACACAUUUUCAAUGGGAGACAGGUCUGGACUACAGGCAGGCCAGUCUAGUACCCGCUGUCUUUUACUAUGA